GAACGAAUCGCGUGUGUUUAAUAUAAUAUGAAACAAAAUUGUUAUCUAUACAUUACACCGGAAAAUGUGUUAAUGGUUAGCUAUAGGUGAUCAUAAUCUUAAAGAAGUUUCUUUGCCGGCAAUAUUUACAAAUAUGGUGGAAGAGAACGCCAGGAAGGAUGACAGACAUGAAACAAACACAGAACAAGAUAUGGACUCGGGAUAUGCGUGGAUUAUAUUGUUAGGAAGUUGCUUAACUUUCCUGCUCGGAUUAGGUUCUUUGAAAUCAUUUGGUGUGCUGUACACAGAGAUGUUGGAUCAUUUCUCGGCAGGAUCUGGAAAUACAGCUUGGAUAGGCAGCAUAACCUGGUUUCUUUUACAUGUCCUUGCACCAUUGGCAAAUUUUCUGAGCAGAAGAUACUCCUUCAGAACGGUUUCAUUUACUGGUGGUAUAAUGGUCGGAUGUGGCUAUUUAUUGUCCGGAUUUGUUACUCGAAUCGAACUUAUGUACUUAACCUUUAUGAUGAUUGGUAUCGGAUAUUGUUUGUCACACACAUCUUCUUCCAUAAUCAUCAGCUUAUAUUUUAAGAAAAGAAGGACUUUAGCAAAUGGCGUUAAGUAUUCAUCCGGAGGGAUAGCAGUACUUUCGUUUCCAUCCAUUUACAGGUUUCUUAUUGACAAAUAUGGUUUGUCACAAGCGUUUUGGGUGAUUGGUGCAUUCCUUUCAAACAUUUGUGUGGCGAGCUGUGUAUUUCGGCAACCAAACAAUAUUUUAAAUUAUCAAAACAAAGCACUCCAAUCCAACGAUGCACAGUUAGAAAUUAAAAAAAGCAUUUUUCGUGACCUCACGUAUGAAACAAAUGAUCAACAGAAAAAGCUUAUUGAAAGGUGUUGCAAUGCACUUAACUUAGAUUUUUGUUUGUUUAAAAAAAGACGUUUCUCACUGUUAGUACUAGCUUUUACUAUCUGUUCAUUUGGCCACAUUACCAAUUACAUUUUAAUUCCUGCCCAUAUAAAAACACUAGGGUAUAGUAACACUCACAUAACAAUCGGUGUAUCUAUAAUUGGUGGUGCAGAAUUGACCGGAAGGAUUGCUGUAGGGUGGUUUGCAGAUCUGAAUUUUAUUCAAAAGAAAUAUAUAUUUGUAGUAUGCAUGUUUGUUGGAGGAGUGUUUGCUUUGAUAUCACCACUGUUCGAUACUUUUACGUUUAUGGCAGUGUACGCCGGAGUCGCGGCGGCUUUUCCAGCGUCUUUUCUUGCCCUUAUAUCAGUGUUAGCGAUUGAAAGAGUGGGUAUGGAAAAUUUUGAAGCAGCCUUCUCGAUCAUGUUUGUCUGUAUGUCAGUUCCGUCUUUGAUCUGCCAACCUAUCGCAGGUUGGAUGGCAGAUUAUUACGGAAGCUGGUAUCCUGCAUUUAUCUUAACCGGUAUUACUCUAAUUUUUGCUGGUGUUAUACUUUUGAUAGAACCAGUUGUCAUUCGAUAUGGCAUGGGCAAAACCUACUCAUUUAAACAUGUUGAUAAAGAAGUGGCAUCUCCAGUAAAUUGUAUACAUUUGAAAGCUCAUAAACAAAACAAAGAAGACGAUGAAAUCGAAUAAUCCUGAUAUUAUCGAAGAGACACACGUUCUUGCAUUGGAAAUUUUAAUCCCGAAGAAAAAAAAACAAUAUGAAUUAAAAGACAAAAUAAGAUAAGAGAAACUGAUAACGAACAGUAUGGAUCCUGACCAGACUGCGCGGAUGCGCAGGCUGGUCUGGAUCCAUGCUGGUCGCAAACCCAUUAUGUUUGUUUUGUCAUGGCGCGGCUCAUAUGUCUCAUAUCAAAUGUGUUGCAUAUGCAUUAAUUUACUUUGGAAAAUAUCUAAAAAAAAAGUUAACAAAUAAAUGAAGGAACUUCAAAAUAAAAAAAAACAACAUAAGAUAGAAGUUUGUUUCCGGAACUCCUUUAAAUUAAUUUAAAAUUAGACACGUAAUCCAUUUCAGAAAGAUUCAUUACAUCAUUUUACUUAUCUUAGAAUGGCCAACAAGAUUCUGCCCAGAUAUCAGUUUGUUAUUAUAGCAUGACCAAUGCAAAUAAACAUAUAUUCUGUUUUUCCCUAUAAAUUUUUCGGCCAUAAAAUGUCACGUUUUUAUUUUUGUUUAACGUCGCACAGUAGAGGUCAUUCGGCUGCGAAUCAGCUGUGUCUUUUAGGAUUAUGAGGAAGACGCAUGAUUUAUUGCGAAAUGACACAAUCUCCUUUGCGAUUCGUCGAUAGAAACAAAAGCACAACAAGGCAUUCAAAUACAUCAGCUUUACACUUCAUAAUCAAUUUUAAAUUUUUGGCUUUGUUGCAAAGCAUUUUUAUGUACAUUUUCCUCAAAUGAAACUAUAAUGUUUUCUUAUCUCCUUAUACACAAACUGGAAUGUGCAACUGUCUUAAGCUUACCGAUAUAUCGUGGAACCAUGGUAAAAUAAAUCAUACUUUAACACGUUUCAUCUAUUAAAAAAGCCAAGGUAAGUCUGGGAUAGAGUGCGCUGUCUCCACCUAAAGGGGGACUGUUUCUUAUGGAACAAAACCUUUUGCAGUUGCAUUGUAUUGUAAUAAAACAUCUGAUUUUUUUUUCAAUCUAUUCGUUUAUUUACUUUUAGUAACAAGGAAACAAGUUUGUUUUGAAGAAAUAAAUUUAAAUGUAUAUACUUGAAAAUUUUGUAAUUUUUCUUUUUACAUGAUUUGGAUUUUGUUGUGCGCCUUCAAAAACUUUAAAAGCCGCCUUUAUAUAGCAAAGCGAGUACUGAUGACUUGAUUGGAAUUGUUUAUGAUUACACUAUUGAUUUUGUUAUAGAUAGUGUAUUAUACAUGUUUACCAUUUUGAUGCUCAAAUUUGAUUUUUAUUGUUGGUCAUUUGCUUAUUAAAAUUUUAAAUUGUUUGAUUGGGAUAAAAAUAUUCAUGUCAUGUCCAAAACA